AUGUUUACCCGAUUCGGAGAUCUGCCCGUCGAGGUUCGCCUCCAAAUCUGGAGGCUAUCCAUGCCAAUAGAGGACGAGCAAGAGAUCUGCGUCAUGCCCCGGGACCUGUUGCCUCGCGACCAGGAUAUCGACCGUGAUAUACUUCCGUUCCUCCGCUACACCAGUCAUCUGGCGGUGUACACCGCGUUCCCCGUCCUCAUGCACGUCUGUAAUGAAUCUCGCGCCUUCGUCAAGGACUCCAAGCGAAGCGGCGUAAACUUCAAAAACGUCCCAGAUGGCAGAGGCAGCUUCUUCCCCGUCCCAUCUCGCAAGUUUCGCCCCGACCUGGACAUUCUCUACCUGCCUCCGUUCGCCUACCACGACGACAACACGAACCUGGUGGCACUUUACAACAUCAUCCAGAAGCCGGAUGUCAAGGACUUCCUGGCGAGACUGCGCUACGUCGCAGUGGCGCACAGCGAGAUCCCCGACUUCGUCGCCCAUCACAUCAUCGAGCACUGCUACAGCCUGCAGAACCUUUCGAUCGUCUUCGCCCACACCGCUCAGCAGGGAAACUGGGAUCACAUGUUCGAAGCUCCCGGCGGACGAUGCAAACUCCAGGCCCUGGCGGAGAAUCCCGAGGAGAACACGCUCUCGCCCUGGCAGCAGCAGGUCUCAUUCGAGGAGCUCGAGUCUCCGUCGCCGGGGCAGCAGUUCCUGGCCGAGUACUGCGCCAAGCUGAACGAGGCCGGGGAGGAGGCGUUCCCUAAGAUCUACAGGAACGGUCCGGAGGAGUACCUGGGCGACCAGUGGGAUCACCACUUCAACUAUUUCAUGGGCUUCAGCAUCCAAGCAGUCACUUUCAUAGAGUACACCGGUGACGGCUGGGCCGAGAAGUGUGGCAACAGAAUGUAUCGACUGGAUGAGACGUGGUAUGAAGCCGCGGGUUUUGACCACAAUGGACAGCCUCUUUAA